AUGGGAGUCGACCUAGUCGCUGUCGUCUUCGAUUGCGCUCAGCGCGGCUACCGCAUCGUUCUCAUAUUCUUGGUCUUUGGCACUGGCGGUCUGCUCGAUGAUUUCAAGCCUCUGUGUUUUGGUUCAGUCGUCGUUUCGCGCGAAGGCUACCGAAUUGGACGCGGAAAUGGGUUCGUCGAUCUGGAUAUCGGGCUCCUUAUUGAACUGGGGGCCAUCACACCGCAAACAAUUAUUGUCACAAUCGUGCACGACGUGCAGGUGGUGGAUUCGCCUCUGAACGUGUUCCAGAAGUAUGAUGAGCCCGUGGACACCAUUGUCACCCCCACAGAACUAAUCCGGGUGUCAAAGCGCUUGCCCCGUCCUAAAGGAGUCUUCUGGGAGAUUCUGUCCGAACGACGCCUGAAGAUACUGCCUGUACUGCAUCAGCUUAAAGAGCGAGAGGAAAAGGCCGGAAAGUCGAUAUCCUUAAAAGAGGAAGAUACCGACGUAGAGCAGCAUCAGAAUAACCGACGACGUCGGGGGCCCGUGCGUCGUCGCUUCCAACAAGGAAACCCGGGACGCACCACCUCACAGACUGACAAUGAACAACAUGGCGAGACUACCCAGAAACGCACUCCGCCUCGCAAAGGUCGUUUUGUCACUCGCCGAAGGCGCACAGCUAAGUCUGAGGGAGAUCAGUCUGGAGUUGGGGUCGGUGCCAAGAGUGAGGAUCGUAAAUUCGAUGAGGUUGGCACUGAUGAGCGUCGUCCAAAGAGGAACAAGAAUCGUGGACCUAGCGAUUUUUGUAUAAAGUUGACGAAUUUGACACGUGACAUUCGCGUCAAGGACCUAAAGUCGGAACUUCACAAACGUGAAUGCAAUCCGAUGGCGAUUUCUUGGAAGGGUCAUUUUGGAAAGUGUUUUCUGCAUUUUGGAAACCGCAAGGUUUCUAGCACCCAGGACGACGCGGACAAAGUUUUAAAGUCCCUUAAUUAUCUCUCGUUAACCAUCACCACAGGUGGCGAGACUGCCCCAGUCGGCGCAUCAACUGGGGGCAACCGCCGUCAAAACGGAGCUGAGUCUGCGGCGCCUAUACAGACAAAGAUUAUAAACGUUAACGUCGAGCUGUAUCAGUUUGACGCCAAAAAGAGUGCCAUUUCCACUGGUGCCAAUGCUAGUGCUGGCGAGGACGGAAAUGCUGCCGGUGACACGCAAAAUGGGGGCGAAGCAGGAACUGUAGGUGGCAGCGAUGUGGGUGGUACACGUAUCGAGGCUGUCGACACCACCACAGUAUAGUAUGACUACGCGCUUGGCGCAGCCACAAAAUGGUCGCAACGGAUUUCCGCCGGCAGCGCAACGUUUGGAGUUCAACGAAAAGAAGUAACAUUUUGUUAAGAACAAAAAUCGAAAAAUAUCAAACAAAAAAUGAAUAGAAAGCGAACUCCGGACACAAACACAAAGUACACUCAACAUACACACAA